CACUGUGACAUCAGCAGACAUCUCGAGGUGACGUCAGCAGACAUCGUGACGUCAUGAAGUCAGGCAGCAUCGUCGGUGACGUCAAUGUGAUGCAGGCAGCAGACCACAGCAUGUGGCCUGGUACAUCUGGCUUGGACAACAACUACUACACACCUGAAGAGCCACGACCAGCGCAAUUGCACACCAGCACAACUAUCUCCAUCAUCAAGCCUGAAGAACCAAUAUCACAACGUAUAUAAAGCUAGAACCACUUAAAAAACCCACAACACUUAAAUAACGUCCUUCAUACAAGAAAACCAACCACCAUCACACUUACAAAACACUCAUCACAUACACAAAACCACCAUCACUAUCUAAGGCACAACUAACAUUAAACAUAAGAAAGCUUCACCAUGGACAACAAGACAACUACUGACAGUGGGAGUGUGAGGAUGGUGCCUGUCUCCAGUACUGACAUGGACCGUCUUCAGGACGUAUCCAUUCACAUCCCUAGCUUCCUGAAAGUGGGACCAGAACGUGUCAUAAUGGGUUCAUUCUUCACUGACUGGUACUCCAAAUACGAAAACUUCCCAGUUUACCAAGAUGACACCUGGGUCGUAUCUUACCCGAAGUCAGGAACCACUUGGACCCAGGAGCUGGUGUGGUGUCUCAUUAAUGAUCCAAAAUCUCCAGAGGCUAAUCUUGAACUGAUGAAGAGGUUCCCAUUCUUUGAGUUCGAAUCUCUCAGAAGUCCUGACCUGGACACCACUGGCAUGAGGAAGGAUGAUCCUCUGCCUCCAGGCAACACAUGGCAGAUCUCGCAUAACCUCUCAGCACCAAGGACCAUAAAAUCACACCUUCCUAAGGAACUCCUUCCUCAACAAAUCUGGCAAGUCAAACCAAAGGUAUUUCUGCUCAGCAAAUGUUGUUUUUAUUUCUACAUCAAUUUCCGUACAAACAGUGCAGUUUUGCUUACAUUACCUUCGGCAUUAUUAAAACAAUGUACCUGUUUGACGCAAAAAUAAAUGUUCAUAUGAGCA